AUGCGUGGGAAGGCCCUCUCCCAGCAGGCGCUGGCCGACCUCCGCAUGAUUCAACGGAGUUUGGUCCCCAAGUUCUAUCAGCACGUUCUGGCCUUGGUUUUUGCCAUCAAGGAGAUCAAUGAGAAUCCCUCAAUCUUACCCAACGUCUCCCUUGGAUUCCACAUUUAUGACAACUACAAUAAUGCAUGGAUGACCUACCGCACCACUAUGGACCUUCUCUUCAAAUCACACACUUUCAUCCCCAACUAUGAGUGUGGCAUUCGGAAAGGUCUCAUAGGAAUUGUUGGUGGACUUGGUUUGGACACCACCUCACAUGUUGCAGACCUUUCCAGCCUUUACAAGAUUCCACAGAUUCACUCGUUCCUUCAGAAGAUCUCUUUUAACAACAGUGCUGGAGAUGAAAUUCAGUUUAAUGAGGAUGGGGAACUAGCAGCUGGAUUUGAUGUGACAAACUUGAUUACUUUCCCAAAUAACUCCUAUGCCCAAGUGAAAGUUGGAAUGCUGGAUCCUCAGGCUCCUCCAGGAAAAGAGCUCACCAUGGAUGAGGACAAAAUUGAGUGGCACAAAGUCCUCACUCAGGUUCCUCCCAUUUCUCUGUGCAAUGACUUCUGCCUUCCGGGCAAAAGCAGGAAAAAGAAGGAGGGGGAGAAAUUCUGCUGUUAUGAUUGUGUUCUGUGUCCAGAAGGGAAGAUAUCAAACCAAGAAGACAUGGAUUACUGUAUCGCUUGCCAAGAAGAUCACUAUCCAAAUAAGGGACAAAAUCAAUGCAUUCCUAAAAUUACAAGUUUUCUAUCCUCACAAGAAAAUUUGGGGAUAAUUUUAGUUUUUUUGGCUCUUUUCUUUUCUUUGAUCACGGUUCUGGUGCUCCUCAUCUUCCUUAAGUACCAGGACACUCCCAUAGUCAAAGCCAACAACAGAAGCCUCACCUACAUCCUACUUGUCUCUCUCCUUCUUUGCUUCCUCUCUUCACUGCUCUUCGUUGGACAGCCUAACAAGGUGACCUGCCUCUUCCGACAAGCAGCUUUUGGCAUCAUCUUCUCAGUGGCUGUUUCUUCUGUAUUGGCAAAAACCAUUAUUGUGGUCGUGGCUUUUAUGGCCUCUAGACCAGGAAACAUUUUCAGAAACUGGAUGGGGAAAAGACUAGCACAUUUGAUUGUCUUUGUAUGCUCUCUCAUUCAAGUAAUCAUCUGUGUUACAUGGUUGGGUACUUUUCCUCCAUUCCCAGAUUUGGACAUGAAGUCACUGACUGAAGAAAUCAUAAUAGAAUGUAAUGAAGGGUCAGUCACCAUGUUUUAUUGUGUCUUGGGCUACAUGGGAUUCCUGGCCACUUUCAGCUUCAUUAUGGCUUUUCUAGCCAGGAAAUUACCUGACACUUUCAAUGAAGCCAAGUUUGUCACAUUCAGCAUGUUGGUCUUUUGCAGUGUUUGGCUCUCUUUUGUCCCAACCUACUUGUGUACAAGAGGAAAAGAUAUGGUGGCUGUGGAGAUCUUCUCCAUCUUGGGCUCCAGUGCUGGGUUACUGGGAUGCAUCUUUUUGCCCAAAUGCCAUAUCAUUAUCCUGAGGCCUGAUCUGAACAGCAAAGAGCUUCUCCGGGAAAAGAGCUCACCAUGGAUGAGGACAAAAUCGAGUGGCACAGAGUCCUCACUCAGAUUUACUUCUGGAACCCUUCUGGGAUUACUGAUGGUGAUCAUGGUAGCUGAACCUUUUAAUAUAGCUACUUGGUUGAGUAAACUGCAAUCCGGGACAGUUUGUUGUAGGCUUUCAAAUGUUAGCGGUGAUGCUAAAAAUUUCAUCAGGAUAGUCUACAACAAGAAGUCUUCUGUGAUGCUGCUGUUGAUAGUGUUCCUGAACCCUCAACUGGUGUGUGAAGUACGAGCAUUGCAGUGUACUCAGACAGAACCUCUUCAGAUACAACACGAGUGGUACCAGCCCAGUGAGAUUAUCAUUGGUGGGAUUGUAUCUCUUAUUUUUCAUAGUAUCCCCAAGAUUCUCUUUGUGAAACACCCUUCUGAGGCAUCUUCUAACUUUCCCUUUUUGGUCCCUAAGUUCUAUCAGCACGUUCUGGCCUUGGUUUUUGCCAUCAAGGAGAUCAAUGAGGAUCCCUCAAUCUUACCCAACGUCUCCCUUGGAUUCCACAUUUAUGACAAUUACAAUAAUGCAUGGAUGACCUACCGCACCACUAUGGACCUUCUCUUCAAAUCACACACUUUCAUCCCCAACUAUGAGUGUGGCAUUCAGAAAGGUCUCAUAGGAAUCGUUGGUGGACUUGGUUUGGAUACCUCCUCGUAUGUGGCAGACCUUUCCAGCCUUUACAAGAUUCCACAGCUGGUUGGUUUCAGUUCAGAGACUAUACUUAGCACAUUAAUAGAAGUCAAGAAGAAAGCAUAA